AAAAACAAACAAAAUGGCGGCGGUUAAAGUUCAGGUUGAAUACUGUGGAAGCUGAGGUCACUUCCCUUGGUUUAGGCGUCUGAUGGAGGACAUCCUCUCAGAGUUGCCAGAAACCGAGGUGGUUGGAGAUGUCGGGAGAAACCAGUCAUUUGAGGUCUCAAUUAAUGGACAGCUGGUGUUCUCAAAACUCAAGACAUAUGGGUUCCCCAAAGCACAAGAUAUUAUUAAGGAAAUCCAGAGGGCUUCACAAGGGGAGAAAUGUCAGGAAAUAACGGAUUCCGAGUCCCCCUGGUGUGUCCUACUCUAAUCCUGUGUGCCUACUACACAAUCGCCUAGCCUGUAAUUUACAGAAACACAUGAACACUGAAACAUACCAGUGGUAUAGAUGACAAACUACAAGGAGGAUGGUUGGAAACAAACAACAAACUCAGCAUUAAUUGUUUAUUAAAAUAUCAGUCAAGUAAAUUGAAGCAUUCUAAUGCAUGGGAAAAAGACAUAACAUGCAAAUACCUUUUUGAUGUUUUAAAUGAUUUUUGAAUAAACUAAAACUCCAGAUUAAUAUACCUCAGCAUGGGGACCUGUGUUUUGUAUCAUUCAAGCGCUCACCUCAAAGGUCAAGAUUACAGUUAUAAGCCAUUUGGUUCUCAUCAGACAAGACAAAAUCGGAGUCAUUUGACAAUAUCCUGUGACUGUUAUUAUCAAUUUUAUAUUUCACAAAUAGCAUUCAAUUUAGUCCCACAUAAAUGGUGUUAGUAAUUGUUGUGUUCUUGAGAUGAUGUGUUUCUCUUUGUUACAGGCCUAGUAAUGUGAUAAGAAUAUUUCAAAUCUUCAGUUAAAUACUAUACAAGCGCAUGAGGAAUCUUAGCUAAACUAUUGAAGCUAUUUUACUGAUAAAUAUUUUAGAUAAAUAUUGUUGAUGUUAGUAUUUAAGUGAUAGUCAGGGAUUUAAAUAUUGCCUCUAUUUUAAAAGUAUUUAUAUUAUACAGAAGAUAUAUAGUUAUGAUCAUGUUGAAAUUAUAUUGUACUGUAUGUAUUCAUUCAAAUACAUGAAAUUUUGUUUUUAUUAAUUAUACAUUGGUUUCAUACCUCAUUGUUGUAAAUUUCUUCCUUUAUAGAAUAUUUUAUUCAGUUUUUAUAUCAUAGUUGCAUUUAAUAAAUGUUAGAAAAUAAAAUGUAAAGAGAAAAGAUUUUGAUCUUUAAUCUUGAAUUGCUUUUUGACUAUCAUUCUGAAACAUUUCUGUGCAAUUAAACGGGGUUUAUGUUAAAACUUUCGACUUCAGGGUUUGUUUUUGUAGUUUUUCAUAUAAACAUCAAUGUAUUGCGAAGAUUGAUUCAAAAUAAAAAAAUAAAUAAC